AUGGCGAAGAAAGCUAUUUCUACACCUCAAGUAGCGCAACAAAAGACUGCUCAUGAAGUUGUUGGUUCGAUUUUGCAGAAUUUGGGAAACUCAACUACUCUCUUUGCUGAAGCUGCUGCUAGGCCGAGUCAGUCCAAUGGAACAGUACCUAGGGUUUUUGGGUUUACUGUUCCAUUGGAUGCUGGUGGAUCUAGGCAUAGUGUUGAGCCAAGGCUUAAUGAAGAUCGAGCUGCUUCUCCCUCUGCCCUGGAACUGAACUCGCGCAAGUUUGAUAAAAACCGAGCUACCUCUUCCCCUGUUCUGGAGCAGAAUGGGAGUGAUCGAGCUGCACCUUUUACUGGGAAAUUGGCUGCAAAAGGGGCUACAUUAUCCUUUGUUGCUCCGAAAGUGCAGGACGGGAAACUCAUUGCUGAGCUACAGGCAACUGAGCUUGAGGCAGGUAAUCGAAAAUGGGCUAAUGCUUUAGUCUUUUAUGUGGUUGGCUUUUACCCUACUAUUGCUGUUGUUCUUCGUUUCUUUGCUCAACAAUGGAAUGAUAUGCAAAAACCAGAUGUGUAUUGGCAUGAUGAUGGGUACUUUAUUGUCAAUAUGUGUUCUAGUGAUGAUAGAGAUACUAUACUUUGUUCUGGUCCUCAUAUGUUCCUUGGAAAUCCUGCAAUAGUGAAGCCUUGGUGUCGUAAUUUUGAUUUUCAUGCUGAAAUUCUUAGAACUAUCUCUCUUUGGGUUAAAUUCCCUAAUCUCCCACUUAAUUGUUGGGAAUCUGAUACUCUUACCCGCCUUGGUAGUUUGCUUGGAGUGCCAAUUUGUGCUGAUGAGUGUACUACUAGACAACUUAGAGUGUCUUUUACUAGGGUUCUGAUUGAAAUUGAUGUUACAAAGCCUAUGCCCACCUCUAUAUGGGUUGAGAGACCUUCGAAGGAACUAUUGGAGAUCAGGGUGGUGUAUGAGUGGGCUCCUCCUUUUUGCUCUAAGUGUAAUAAGAUUGGUCAUGAUUGCUCUGUUAAGCCUCCUAUGCCUAAGCAGGCUUCUAAGCAACCGACUUCUGUUCCUCCUAAGCAAAAGCAAGUUUGGGUUCCUAAGCCUACCCAUGUUCCUACUUCUACUACUGCUGUUGAUGUUGGUGUUUCUGUUCGUGGACAAUCUAUUAUUACUCCACAGGUUCAUACCUCUCAGAAUUCAGAUAAGGGGUGGAGAAUAGUAGGGAGGAAGACAAAAAGCCAGCAAACUAGAGUUCACUAUAAAUCCAAGCGGGGGAAUGUCAGGGGCCUGAAUGACCGUGGCAAAGUUGCCUCUGUAAAGAGGUUUCUUCACUCUCAUUCAGUUGAUGUUGUUAGUUUGCUUGAAACAAAAAUCAAAUUGAAAAAUGUUCUCACUUAUCAGAGGAAGUUUGGCUCUUCUUGGCUUUGGUUGUGUAAUUAUGACCAUUCUCCCAAAGGGAGGAUUUGGCUUGGUUGGAAUGUGGAUAGAGUAACUGUUAAUGUCUUGAAGGUUCAUGAACAGUUCAUUCAUUGUACUGUUUCUUCUAAGGAUCACUCUACUCAAAUUUAUCUCACUGUUGUUUAUGGUCUUCACUCCAUUCAUGAUAGGCUUCCUUUGUGGGAGGGGCUCCGAAGAAUCUCUGUUCAGCAUUCUCCUUGGCUUUGUAAUUUUGUUGAUGAUUUGGACCUCACUGAGAUCAAAAGCAAAGGGUCCUUUUACUCUUGGUCUAAUAAGGCUCAUACUGGCCCUAGAACGCUCUCUAGACUUGACAGAGUCUUUGGUAAUCAAGCUUGGUUAGCUUCUCAUGGGCAUGUGGAGACUGUUUAUCUCCCUCCUUCUUUAUCUGAUCAUAGUCCAGUUCUGUUGGAUAUUUGCUCUGGCCCUGUGGGGAAAGGUAGACCUUUCCGAUUUCUAAAUUGUAUUGCUGAUCACCUUGAUUUUCUUGAUACUGUCUCGCAGGCUUGGGGUUCUAGUAUUUCUGUUUGGCAGAAGCUUAAUUCUGUGAAGUCUAGUAUCAAAUCUCUUAAUAGCAAGCAGUUUGAAUCUGAUGCUAUUAAGGUUGUCAAGCACUGGAAUGACAUUCAGGAAAGCAUCUUCAAGAAAAAAUCUAGGAUUAAUUGGGUUAAGCUUGGAGAUGGAAAUUCUCACUAUUUCUUCUCUGUGAUGAAGACUAGGCAAGCAAGGAAUAAAAUUGACUCCAUCUUUGAUUCUAAUCAGGUGUUGCUCAAGGAUCCAGAUGCUAUUUCUCAUGAAAUUAUCUCUUUCUAUAAGUCUCUUUUAGGGACUCGGGCUCCUUGGCUCCCUGCUGUUGACCUUGUUACUAUGAGGAGGGGUAAGCAGCUUAGCUUUGUUGCUCAGAGCUACCUCAUUAGGCCUAUUUCUCAAGCUGAAAUUGAUGUUGCCCUUAAGGGAAUUGAUAACACUAAAGCUCCUAGUAUUGAUGGCUUUAACUCCUUUUUCUUUAAGAGAGCUUGGCAUAUUGUGAAAGAUGAUAUUUAUGCAAGUGUUAUUGAUUUCUUUAAUAACGGGACUUUGCCUAAGCAAUGGAAUUGCACAACUAUCACUCUGGUUCCUAAAGUCCUUUCUGCUUCUCAUGUUAAGGAUUUUAGACCUAUAGCCUGUUGUACUGUGGUCUAUAAGCUCAUUUCUGAGGUCAUAACUGCUAGGCCUGUUGCUAUCAUUGGUGAGGUGAUUGAUGAUGCUCAGGCAGGGUUCAUUCCUGGCAAGCACAUUGGUGACAAUAUUCUUCUUGCAACUGAACUGAUCAAAGGCUAUGAUCACAAAUUUAUCUCUCCCAGGUGUAUGGUUAAGGUGGAUUUGAAGAAAGCUUAUGAUUCAGUUGAGUGGGGAUUCUUGAUCACUGUCAUGCAGGAGCUUGGUUUCCCUCAGAGAUUCGUUGAUUGGAUCUGGAAUUCUCUUACUUCUGUCUCUUACUCUAUUCUUAUUAAUGGUUUUCCUGCCCCCCCCCCCCCUUUGAAGCUAAGAAAGGGUUAA